AUGGACUCUGUUCUGAGUCCGCAACGUAUGCGUGCACACCGCUUGCUGUUUUCUUACAACUGUCGGCUGUAUGGACUUGUUCGAAAUUCAAACGCUAGGUUGGACGACGGUGUUGUCGAAGAAAAACGUUUUGAUUGCAAUGGGCUUAUUGUUGGGUUCUGUAAUGAACGGCAAUUAAUCGUUUACUGUUUCUUCGCUGUUUUUAAAAGUCAUAACUGCCUUUAUUCUAGCUUAUUCCCAUUGAAGAUGAUGGCUUUCUGUCUCAAUUCUUGUGGUAUGCUUGGUAAAGAAAAGGAGGAGUUAAAUUUUUGUUCGCCAAAUUGUAUGGCAGGUGUCACCGAAGAAGUUGAUGGAUUCAUUGAUAAGUUUCACUUUCUGCCAUUGAUCCCAGUGAAAACGAUGCAGUUUAUUUCGGUGAUUUCUUACGAUCAGCGGUUAGAAGAUGCGUCUAAGGAAGGUGACAAUAACGGACAAGGCUGA